AUGUCUAGUUUUGUUGGUGUUGUUGUUUCUGAUCAAUGGCUACAGAGUCAAUUCACUCAAGUCGAGCUGCGUGGCCUCAAUUCCAACUUCCUAUCUGCAAGGAAUCACUCCGGGAAGGUCACUUUGGAAGAUCUACCGCCUGUGUUGUGCAAACUUAAGGCCUUCCAAGGUACACUAAAUGAGGAUGAUAUAAAGGCAAUAUUCAGCGAGUCAUCGUCUGAUAUGAGUGAAGAAAUUGAUUUUGAAUCGUUCCUUCGGGCAUAUCUAAAUCUACAAGCACGAGCUACAGCGAAAGGUGAUUCAAAGACCAGCUCCUCUUUCCUCAAGGCAACUACAACCACACUCCGACACACCAUUAGUGAAUCUGAAAGGGGCUCAUAUGUAGCUCACAUCAACAGCUUUCUCAGAGACGAUCCGUUUUUGAAGGAUUUCCUUCCGAUAGAUCCAUCUACCAAUCAACUCUUUGAUCUUGCCAAAGAUGGUGUACUUCUUUGUAAGCUCAUAAAUAUUGCUGUCUCCGGAACAAUAGAUGAACGUGCUAUCAAUACCAAAAAGGUUCUUAAUCCAUGGGAAAGAAAUGAGAACCACACCCUUUGCCUCAAUUCCGCGAAGGCCAUUGGUUGUACUGUGGUCAAUAUUGGCACACAGGAUUUAAUCGAAGCAAGACCUCAUCUGGUUGUCGGGUUGAUUUCUCAAAUUAUCAAGAUACAACUAUUAUCUGAUCUCAAUCUGAGAAAAACUCCACAACUUGUGGAAUUGGUGGAAGAUAGUCAGGAAGUAGAGGAGCUUAUGAGUUUAUCUCCAGAAAAAGUUUUACUGAAAUGGAUGAAUUUCCAUCUUAAAAAAGCAGGCUACAAAAAAGAGGUUACAAAUUUCUCAAGUGACUUGAAGGACGGAGAAGCUUAUGCUCAUUUGCUCAAUACUCUCGCGCCUGAACAUGGUACGACUAACACAUUAGAUACAGAAGAUCCAACUGAAAGAGCAAACUUGAUUCUUGAGCAAGCAGAAAAACUAGAUUGCCAAAGAUAUGUAACUCCAAAGGACAUUGUUGAAGGCUCAGCAAACUUAAAUCUUGCAUUCGUUGCACAAAUAUUUCAACACAGGAAUGGAUUGACAGCAGAUACCACAAAGUUGUCUUUUGCUGUGAUGAUGGAGGAUGAUGCUCAAACUUCUCGAGAAGAAAGAUGCUUUCGGUUGUGGAUUAACAGUCUUGGAACUGAUACUUAUGUGAAUAAUUUAUUUGAGGACGUGAGAACCGGGUGGGUUCUUUUAGAGGUACUAGACAAAAUUUCACAAGGAUUAGUUAAUUGGAAACAAGCAACAAAGCCUCCAAUUAAGAUGCCAUUUCGAAAAGUUGAGAAUUGCAACCAAGUCAUAAGUAUUGGGAAAGAACUGAAUUUCUCCCUUGUAAAUGUAGCUGGAAGUGAUAUUGUACAAGGAAACAAGAAGCUCAUACUAGCUUUUUUGUGGCAGUUAAUGAGGUUUUCAAUGCUCCAACUGUUGAUAAACUUGAAAUUUCAUGCCCUUGGAAAGGAAAUAACAGAUGCUGACAUACUAAAUUGGGCAAACAGUAAAGUGAAGAAUGCAGGGAGAAAAUCUCAAAUUGAAAGCUUUAAGGACAAAAAUAUAUCGAGUGGGAAAUUCUUUCUCGAGCUUCUAAGCGCUGUGGAACCAAGGGUUGUCAAUUGGAGCCUUGUGACCAGGGGUAAAACUGGUACGCGAAGAGUUCGUAGACUCUUGAACCCACCCCAGUAAAAAUGCUUUUGUCUUAUUGAAAAACUGAGAAGCAAAGACUUCCUUAUCAUUUUUGGGAUGAGUUAAG